GCGGCGGCGGACUGGCGGGUCAGAGUAUAAUGUCUCAGGAAAGCAGCUACGGGAAAUGGACAAUAUCCAGUAGUGAUGAAAGCGAGGAUGAGAACCCUAACCCUGACAAGCCAUCAACAUCCUCCGUUCCCCAGGCUGGGCAGGGCGCGGCGAAGGAGCCCCCAUACACCUGCUCAGAGGCCCGCAAGGCUGCACACAAGAGACAGAUCUCACCUGUGAAGUUCGGCCACGCAGACUCACUGUUACCCCCCAAAAAGGAGAAGAGUGAUUCCUCAGAAGGUCUUGGCUGGUGUCUGUCCAGCAGCGAUGAUGAGCGGCAGCCGGACACCGAGCAGGAACAGCCUACGAGAGCGGUGGCUCAAGAGAAAAAACAUGGCCUCUCUGCUGCCCAGAAAGUUGUAGCUCGCAGCCCUCCUGCCAGCCCUAGGUCCCAAAGGGCAAACGAUGACUACGAGACCUCAGGGGAAGGCCAGGACAUCUGGGACAUGCUGGAUAAAGGGAACCCCUUCCAGUUUUACCUCACUAGAGUCUCGGGGAUUAAGACGAAGUACAACUCCAAAGCUCUCCACAUCAAAGAUAUUUUAUCUCCUCUCUUUGGGACACUUGUCUCCUCAGCUCAGUUUAACUACUGCUUUGAUGUGGACUGGCUCAUAAAGCAAUACCCACCAGAAUUCAGGAAGAAACCAAUCUUGCUCGUGCACGGUGACAAGAGGGAAGCCAAGGCACACCUACACGCCCAGGCAAAGCCCUAUGCCAACAUUUCCCUCUGCCAGGCAAAGUUGGAUAUUGCAUUUGGAACUCAUCACACGAAGAUGAUGGUCUUGCUCUACGAAGAAGGCCUCCGAGUAGUCAUCCACACCUCCAACCUCAUCCGGGAAGACUGGCACCAGAAAACGCAAGGGAUAUGGUUGAGCCCUCUGUACCCACGAAUUGACCAGGGAAACCACACAUCUGGGGAGUCAACCACCCAUUUUAAAGCGGACCUCAUCAGCUAUUUGACGGCUUACCAUGAUCCCGCUCUCCAGGAGUGGAUAGACAUCAUCCAAGAGCAUGAUCUCUCGGAAACCAAUGUUUACCUUAUUGGCUCAACUCCUGGACGCUUUCAAGGAAGUCACAAAGAUAACUGGGGACAUUUUAGGCUUAGGAAGCUUCUACAGGCGCAUGCCCCAUCUUUACCCAAAGGCGAGUGCUGGCCCAUCGUGGGUCAGUUUUCAAGCAUCGGCUCCUUGGGGCCUGAUGAAUCAAAGUGGUUGUGUUCGGAGUUUAAAGAGAGCUUGCUGGCGCUGAGAGAGGACAGGACUCCAGCAAGAAGUGCAGUUCCUCUUCAUCUGAUCUAUCCUUCCGUGGAAAAUGUGCGGACCAGCUUAGAAGGCUACCCUGCUGGGGGCUCUCUUCCCUAUAGCAUCCAGACAGCUGAAAAACAGACGUGGCUGCACUCCUACUUCCACAAGUGGUCAGCAGAGACAUCCGGCCGAAGCAAUGCCAUGCCACAUAUUAAGACGUACAUGAGGCCCUCUCCAAACUUCAGUAAACUGGCUUGGUUCCUCGUCACAAGUGCGAAUCUAUCCAAGGCUGCCUGGGGAGCACUGGAGAAGAAUGGCACCCAGCUGAUGAUCCGGUCCUACGAGCUUGGGGUCCUUUUCCUCCCGUCGGCAUUUGGCCUGGACACCUUCAAAGUGAAACAGAAGUUCUUCUCCAGCAGCUGUGAGCCGAUGACCUCCUUUCCUGUGCCCUACGACCUGCCCCCAGAGCUCUACGGGAGUAAAGAUCGGCCAUGGAUUUGGAACAUUCCUUAUGUCAAAGCACCUGAUACCCAUGGGAACAUGUGGGUGCCCUCCUGAGACGAAGUGAUGUGAAAUUUGAAUGAAUCAACCUACCAUUGAAGGAGGCUGGAAACCUCUGCCAGGAUACCUCCGAUCCCUGUGCAUUGGUCCUCCAGCUGCAAGACUAAUGGGGUGGUAGUACUGCUGCAGG